AUGAGAAAACAAUUGGUGGCUUUUCCAAAGACGACAACGAGUCAUUUGCUUGUUGGAUCUCCAUGGAGUCGUUUUUUCAGCAAACAACUCUCUCCGAAAGAAGGAUCUGUUGAAUUACAUUUCCGAUAUGGAAUUGGUAAUCAGCACUCACAAGGCUUUUCUACUGCACUUUCCAGACAAGAACAAAAGGCAGUGAUGAAUGGUGGUCGAGCUUCGUUGAGAAUUUUUAUGGAUUUUGAUUCAACUCUCACUCGGAAAGAUACAUGUACAUUAAUUCCUCAGCUUGCGGUGGCUAAACAAUCUUCAAACAUUGAAUUGUUACAAAAUUGGAAAAAUAUUUCUGGUGCAUUUAUGGAAAAGUAUGAGAAGGCUCUGCAUGAUGGUCAUAAGCUUAACAAUUUUUCUCAAUUUUUGGAUGGCUUGGAUCGUGCAGAAUUGUUUGGCGUUACUGGUGUGGAAGAAAAACUAGUUUUGAAGGGAAUAUCUAAAGACGACUUGAAAUCUCUCAUUUUCAAAUUUAACAGCGAGCUUGCAGUGAAUUGUGAAAGCAUUUUUAAUUUGAUUUGCAACGGUAGUGCCAGCACGAGUGAAAACUGUAAAAAUAGUAGGAUUGAGUUGUGUAUUUUAUCAAGCAAUUGGUCAUUAGAUGUGAUUGAAAGUUUUUUGUUUGAGAAGGUUCAACCACUUGUAAAUAAGACAUUAAGGAUAUGGCCAAUUAACAGAUUGUCCAGCAAUGAUGACCCAUUGUGGAGUGCUGAGCAUUCAUUUUUUCCCAACAUUUAUAUUUAUUCUAAUGAUUUGAGAUUUGAUGACAACAAUUUGACUGAUGGGAAAUUCUUGACCAAACAAUGUGUGACGUCCAUGGACAAGUUAAUGUCUCUAAGGCAUCAUUUAUUUCUCAGUAGAGACACUAGUCGGAGUGUGUACAUUGGAGAUUCAUUCAAUGACAUGAGGUGCAUCUUGGAGACCAAUGGAAUUUUUUACUUUCCACCUGAUCGACAACACAAUGUUUUGGAUUAUUGUUCCAAGUUUGGAAUUCAAAUGAAGACGCUCCAAGAAAAUCAAUUCAGAAUUUCACAUCACACUCCGACCAUAGCUCACGAUUGGAAAGAAAUCACACAGGCCAUUGAGAAUGAAAUCUGCUAG